AACCUGGGUCUGAGGUCCAGGUCAGAAGUCCUGAACUUCACCCAACUUUUUAAGAUGAGGACCUUUAAGAGCAGGAAGACUGGGUCCUUAGAUUGUAUGUGCCCCCCCCCAGCUCAACCCUCCAGUGUUCUGGGGUCCCUGCAGUGAGGGGACAGGGUGGGGGCACCCUGGGGUGCCCAGGGACCGGGUGGGGACUUCCCCUGCUGGAAACUGUGAGCUCAGCCGCCCCUUUCUCCCGCCCCUACUCCCGGAAGGGGUGGUGCACCCUGGUGUUGGCCUCUUGCCCCAGGGCGCCCCACCCGGACACCCAGCAGCACAGCCCGCCACACGCACCCUAGACUGACUCAGCUGCCUACAGCGCCCCAGGCCGCUUGGCCCUGCGGCCCCCUGCCCGGCGCUCAGGAAGGGGGGCGCCCCGGAUCAUGCCUCCCCACCUCCACACACGCCCAUGGCCAGCCUACCCCCGUCUCUGGAGGGUGCGUGGGAGCUGCUAGGCGCGGCAGGUGAAGGGCGGCUGACAGGGCUCCUGCACAGCUUGGAGACGGGGCUCCGGGGCUCUCCGGGGGCCCCCCUCCUUCAUGCCAUGGUGCUCUUGAGCCUGGGCCGGGGCUCUGAGGCCAGAGCCCGCCUGGAUGCCCUUGGCAAGGACCCUGUGGCCCAACUGGUGGCCCGGCGCUGGGCGGGUGGGGACGGCUCUGCCGUCCCCGAGGAGGACCCCCCGAAUGUCUCCUGGGCCGUGGCGCAGAUUUACAACCUGCUGGCCAGGGAGAAGCUGUGCCCGGCCUCAGCGCGGGAACACUCCCUCCAGGCAGCCCUCCAGGAUUGUACCUCCUCAGAGGAUCGGAGGCUGCGGCAGUCGGAGUCCCACCUCGAGAGCUUCCAGCCACUCUGCUCAGAGCCUGAAGCCCACCCUGGACCCCGCAGCCUCCCACGCCCCAUCGAGGGGCACCCCUCAGGCUGGAGCCGGGGCCGUACCCUGCUGUCUGCCGGUAGUCCAGCCUCCCUGGCCAGCCACCUGGAGAUCAGCCAGUCACCCACCCUGGCCUUCCAGGGCGCCCCUCGCAGCCCCCCGGGGCCCAGCAAGCUGUGUGCAGCUCCCCUGGCCAGCUCAGGGCUCGAGCCCGCGCCCACCGGCCACCAGGAGCCCGGCCACCCCCCUCCCACCAAGCCGGCCCCCCGGAUCCCAGAACCGGCCCCCGAGGCCCCCGAGAAUCCCGGCCCAGCCCAGGCCCCGACACCCAGCCGACCGAAGCCGGAGGACACCCCCGGAGCGAGCCCCCCCACGCUCCUGCCCCCCCGGGUCCCCCUGUCCCCCUCACCCUGGAGCUGGGGGGCGACCCCGAGCCUGGAGCCCCCCCGCUUCUAUAACUUCGUGGUGCUACACGCCCCGGAGGACGAGGAGGCCGCCCUGAGGGUCCGGCAGCGGCUGGAGGACCUGGGGGUGCCCGACGGGGCCACCUUCUGCGAGGACUUCGAGGUGGCGGGCCGGGGGGCGCUGCGCUGCCUGCAGGACGCCCUGGAGCACGCGGCCUUCACGCUGCCGCUGCUGACGCCCCGCUUCUCCUGCGGCCUGAGCCUGCACCAGCUCAACCAGGCGCUGCUGUGCAGCCUGACGCGCCCGGGCUGGGGCGACAGCGUGGUGCCCUUCCUGCCCCGUGACGGCUGCCCCAGCCGCCUGGGCCCCGAUGCCGCCCGGCUGCUGGCUGGCACCGUGUGGCUGGACGAACGCUCACCCGUGUUCGAGCGCAAGGUGGCCCGGACCUUCCGGCCCCAGCGGCUGCGGGCCCGGCAGGAGCAGUGGGAGCGGGAGCGGGGGCAGAGGACCCGGGCCCUGAACGCCGGUGUCUCGGGGUAUCUGGGGAGCCUCCAGACCUGGCCGGGCCAGCUGGAGCAGCUGCAGGCUCUGUGGGCGGCUGGCCUGACCUUGGGGACAUCUCCGGAGCCCCAUCUCCAGCCGCCGGCCUCUGGGAUCCCCCUGAGCCCGGGGCAGCAGCCCCCCGGGACCCCCCUGAGCCCCGGCCAGCAGCCCCCCGGGACCCCCCUGAGCCCCGGCCAGCAGCCCCCCGGGACCCCCCUGAGCCCGGGGCAGCAGCCCCCUGGGACCCCCCUGAGCCCCGGUCAGCAGCCCCCUGGGACCCCCCUGAGCCCCGGUCAGCAGCCCCUUAUUAUACACCACGCCCAGAUGGUGCAGUUGGGGCUGUACAACCACAUGUGGAACCAGGGUGGCGCCUGGGGCCCCGAGGACAGGCCCCCCCAGGCUGAGGGACCCUGAGUGUCCCCACCGGCCUCACCCCAGCUGCACUUGCGGGGGCUCAGCUCCAGGAGGGGCUGGAGCGCUUGUCACUCUCAGAAUGGCCCCAAGAGGCAGGGCUGUCACAGAGGCUGGGGACCCCCCUCCCCUGCAAAAGAGGGGGUACACUUUCAAGCCCAGGGGGUGGUGCAUUAGGAAGCCCCCACGCCAGCUCACCCCCCAAAAGGGACCGACCCUCCGCUCUCAGGAGGGGGUGGCCAGGGGGAGGGGACAGUCCCAAAGUCCUACUCGCCUUGGAAAAGGGGAAAAAAAAUUUUUUUUGGGGGGGGAAC